CCGCCGGGACCCGGCGCCGGGCCGGGGCAGGGCAGCGAGAGCGGCGGGGGCCGCCGGCCGCCUUCUCUCCUCCCGGAGGCGGCGGGCCCCGCCGGGCCGCCCUUGGGCUCCUGGGGCCUCCUGCAGGGGAGAAACGGCGGCAACGAAGCAAAAGAAACGGUGUAAAUGGCGUCGUGCUCGGCCUAGCUUUAUCUUUUUAAUACGUGUGUCGUGUCGCUAAUUUCCGCGUGCUGCGCCAGGCGUUGGGCUGGUGUCAUGCAGUGAGUUUUACUGCUUCUACCGUGAGUUAACGCGUCACACACCGAACUAACGGAGAUUUCCUGCUCGCUCCCGGGUGUUGACACAGAGAGAGUAGAUUUGCGUCGGGGACGGUUUGUCAGUAACUUAAUCCUCAGUUGUGUGUUUAGCAGCACGUACUGAACAGUGGAAUGUCCUCAAAGAAGAAAAUGAAGAGAAACCAUUCCGGAAAUAAAUUAAAGGAACACACAGCCAAGUCCCAUUCUCAUGGCAAAUUACUUCCACUUGAGGAACCAGAUGUCUCAAGGAUAUUGAAGGUAUCGGAAGCAAGUCAACUUGAGGAGCUUGACGAUUCAUUUGAUCACCCUUUGCACAGUACUGCUGUGGAUGCUUAUGGAGAGGAACGUUCACAAGACGAGUCACUUCGUCAUGUUUCAGCACUGCAACGGAAAAAUACAGAAGGAAGGUCUGGAAAAAAUAAAAAACCACGUCGCUCAAAAAUGUUUGAUGGUGAUGUUCAGAAAUCCAACACAGCUGAUCCUGAAGAUGAACCCCUUAAGGAAAAUGUGGCUCUGAAUACUGCUCGAUUCCAGGUGAAAAAUAAGCGGCCUUCAGAGGAGAACGCAUCAGAUCCUUCUGUGGAUAGCCCAUGUUCUGUACAGGUUUGGUGUCCCAAAGAGCUGAAGAGAUCUCCUAGAGAUAUUACAGAACUGGAUGUUGUUCUGGCUGAAUUUGAGAAGAUAGCAGCAAAUUACAGGCAAAGCAUAGAAUCGAACAUUUGCAGAAAAGCUAUCAAUGGCUUCUGUUCUGCUUUCAAGGACCAAAUCACCGAUCUUAUAGUGGAAGUCCAGGAAUUAAAGAAUAUGAAGAAAAAAAAUGCUAAGGUAAUAACAGACAUCAAAAAGAAAAGGCAGCAACUGUUGCAACUCAGAGAAGAGCUAACUGGAGCUGAACCACAACUGAUACAACUACAAAAAGAAUAUGCUGCAAUACAGGAAAGGAAAUCUUCCUUGAGGCAAGCAACUGAAUUACUUACUGAUUUAAAGCAGCUACAGCAAGACUGUUUGGAUUAUAGAGAAGAAAACCCCAAAGAAACAUUGGUAUAUGGAACUUCUAGCCUCCCUGCUCUUCUGGUGGAGUCACGGAGAAUUCUAGGAGCAGAAAGACACUUCCAGAAUAUUAAUAAGAAACUGGAAGAGGCUCUGGCUGUACAAAGAGGGAAGUUAUCAGAGAAACAUUAAGUGUUUUUAACAGACUUUUUGACAUUUGUUAGGAACAAUUAUUAGAAUGGUCAGUGCUUAAAGCUUGUUUUAUCAUUGUUGCUCUAUUUUGCUUCAAUGUUUAAAAGUUGUCAGUGACUUAAUCAGAGAUUGUAUCUUUCUAUUGUCAAAUAGUCUGUGUGAGAACUUAUUCAGAAUGUCAGUGAAAUUAAUGAAAUAGCAAUUCCAGUUAAAGUAGUAAAACUUCUGUGCUCUUGUUAACGGUGUUGGGUUUUAAUCUUAGGCUGUUAAAGUAAUAAGCAAUAAGCAAUAUAUACUUUUAAAAGAGAAUACAUAGACUUUGGUUGAACUAUUGAUAGACAAAUCUUUUUAUUACAUUUGUAUUUGAAAUAAAUAAUUUCCUCCCA